AUGGCUGUACCUGCGGUCGCGGUGAUUGCGAGUUCAAACGUCGUUCUCCCAAGUCACCCACUGAUAUGGUACCACGGGCGGUGGGAUUUCAGUAGGGGAACUUGGUGGACGGGAAGUGGACUCACACUUCACGUAGAAGGUCUCAGCAGCCUCUCGCUGCAGUUGGGACGUAAAACGACCCAGCCUAGCGUUGCGGUUGGUUUAUCCGUCAACUAUGGUCCAUUUACGGAUCUCAAACUCACCAACGGAACGAAUCAGAUUCCGUUGAACAUUACCGCCACACCUAGAGGUGGAUUGCCCCGCUCCUUGGUUAUCAGAUUGAACGUUCAAGGCUGGCAAAACAACAACAUGUACCUGGAAAAGAUUAUACUCAAUAACGGUGCCAAAAUACUACCAUACGCACCAUCUCGCCUAUCAUUCCAAUUCAUUGGAGAUUCAUUGUCUGCGGGGCAAUACCUCUCGAACGGUGUAGAUGGUGCAUGGCCAUUCUUGGUUGCAGAAACGUUCAAAGCCGAACAAUCGAUCCAAGCACAACCAGGUGGUUGUCUGACGGAUCAAGUUUGCUGGGGCAACGCGCAUGGGAUCAGCUAUCAAUUCUUCCGAACGGAGGAUAACGGCUACUAUUAUAACCCGAAUCACAAUUAUACGACUCCUUGGGAUUUCCAUAAGGACUACCCACCAACGCACGUCUUUAUCGAAGCUGGUGCCAAUGACAACGCGUACAAUGUGAGUGGUGCCAAUCUCACUACUACCUAUCUGGGCUUUAUCGCAAAGUUGCGUCGUAUCUACCCAACUCAGCCCAUUUUCGUUGUCGGCGCCUGGGGUUGGCCAGACCAGGAUGGCACAGUCUACUACUACUAUGACGGAGUGUUUGAGGAUGUUGUGGCAAAGAGAAGCGCCCUUGGAGAUAAGCAUAUCUAUUUCAUCGACACCAAAGGCUGGGUAGGCGGGGACGACAUAUUCUCCGACAACAAGCACCCAAAUACACCCGGGCACGCUCAUAUUGCGGAACAGCUCACAGCGUGGCUUCAAAAGUGGGGACUGAAGCCGCAGAAGUCGUGGCCAACCGUCGUGGGUUGA